UUUGACGCCUCUGCAGCUGACCGGCGUGUUUUCCUUCCAGAACUCCCAGAACUUCCAGAAUUUUCUGUCGGACGCAGCGGACCUUGUUGUUGGUUCUUGCUCGGUCUGGAUGCAGGUCUGGCGGACAGGAAGUGGACCGGAGAGGACUGGCCCCGCCCCCAUCCCGAGGAGGUGGCAGCCGCAGACACACAGUACUAAGAUUGUGUUGGCUGCUCUAUCACGGCUCAGAGGCGAUCGAUGCAAGAUUAAUAGGUAGGCUGACGAGCUGAGAUGAAAGGCCGUUGCGGGCGUCAGUGAUGGCGGCGGGAGACGACGCUCAGACCCGAGCCGACGAUGGUCGUCAUGGCGUCGCUGGAUGCUAACACGGCGGUUGAAGCUCUCCUGGCUGGCAUCCAUCUGGAGAGGUACCUGGACUCCUUCCAGAGAGCGGGUCUCCUAUUGGCUAAAGACUUGACUUACUUGGAUCAUGACGCCCUGGUAAGCCUGGGAAUAACGGCCACUGGACAUCGGAAGAGAAUCCUGCGUCUGGUGUCGUACAUUCAGAGGAGGGAAGCUCAAGCAACCAAUCAGAGAGCCGCUACCAAUCUCCAGAGGGGCCGCUGUCAGUCCCUGACAGAACGUGCGUCUUCACAGGGGGGCCCAUUGUUGGCGGCGUCCACGGGUCCCUGUGGCUUGGAGGCGUUAAGAAACAGUUCGGCUCCAGACCUCGUCGCCAUGCUGACAAGUUCAGAGGCUGCCAGAACUGUGGUGAAGCCAAUCCCCAAACCCAGGACGGUGUUUAACCGCCGACGCACUGCGCCAAUCCACUUCUCUCCUGUACCAGACUUGGCCCCGGCCCCACACAGGAGACUUUCCCAGGAGUCCAUCUGUUUUUCUGUCUGUGAAGGCUUGAACUCUGCGGACACGCCCCCAGAUGCUGACAGGGACGAGGCGGGGCAGAUUCGCAGGUUGCCUUUUUCAGAAAUGGGCGGGUCAUUGCCUCCCGUCCCCCCGAGGACACACCGUCGUGUCCCGGCAACCUCGUGCCAGUCGCCCCUGCCGUCGUCUUCGUCUUCCUCACCUGCCCGACCUGCUUCUUUGCCACCUCUAUCUCCUGGUCGUCAUGACAACGACAGGACGUCCGGAUCACCCUUUAGCGGGAUGGAGAUGGUCUCCAAUGAGAUCUACUGGGGUACUUUGCCUUUGUCUGCUGCCCCUGGCAGUGGAAGAGGUUACUGUAGUCAGCCAUUGGCUCCUCCCACUCCGCCAAGACCAACAUCUGACAGGACCCCUGAAAGGAACAGCGGCGGCGAUUCAAGCAACACCUCGUCGGGAUCCGUCAGAGACGACCCGGACAGCAUCAGCCCGUAUUGUGAAAGUGUCUUCCAAAGAGAAACCAGUCCUCUAGCCAGCGAAAGAGAUGCAGGACGAGGCGGAGCAACGAGGGCGGGGGACUCUGAGGAUCAUGGGUAUCUCAAAACCACUCUGUCGGAAGGUUACAGCACCGUCGGUGAAGCUCCGCCCCCUCUGAGCCGCCUCGCAUAUGACGCCGAUGAGGACUUGACCAUCUCCCCCUACGCCAGCUACACCUCCCUCACGGAGAGAGCCACGCCCAUCAUUAGCGGCUGGCUGGAGAAGCUGUCUCCACAGGGGGGUCAAAGGUCAGAACGUUGGCUUCUCCUACGUGUCAUCCUUUCUGCUUCUCCCUGCGUCUCAUCUCUCAUGAGGACUUGUCUCAUCUCCUUCCUCUCGUCCUCAUCCUCCUCUUACUGCCCCUCGACUGGUAAUUACGUUUUCCAGAAGCGUUAUGUGAAGUUUGACGGCAGAAAUCUGAUGUACUUUGGAAACGAGAAGGAUGUGUACCCUAAAGGAGUCAUCCCAUUGGCUGCUAUCCAGAUGGCUCGCCCCACCAAAGACAACAAAUUUGAAAUAGUGACCAGCCAGCGUAUCUUUGUUUUUAAGACUGAUAACGAAGUGCUCAGGCGGCAUUGGGUGUCCACACUGCAGGCGUAUGUCAGAGACCAGCUGGUAUUGGGGGGGCGCUGGUUCGGUCCAGGAACUCACUGUCAGAAACAUGGCUUGCUGGAGCUGAAAGGAACCAAGUCCAAAGUUUACGUCGCCAUCAACACAGAGCAGAUUUGGCUCCACAAGAGCGAACAGUGUUUUCGUACCGGAAUCGGCAUCACUGUGAUCGAGGCUCGCGGUGCCACGAUCCGAGACGGGAAACACAAGGGUUUCGACCUCAUCACGCCCUACAGAACCUUCAGCUUCACCGCCGACUCUGAGCGGGAGAAGCGGGACUGGAUGGAGGCGCUGCAGGAAGCCAUCGCUGAGACACUGUCGGACUACGAGGUGGCCGAGAAAAUCUGGUCCAACCGAUCCAAUCGCAUGUGCGCCGACUGCAGGGCUAUCAACCCGGACUGGGCCUCCAUCAAUUUGUGUGUGGUCAUAUGCAAGAACUGCGCCGGUCAGCACAGAGGUUUGGGAACAAUGGUUUCCAAAGUUCAGAGUCUGAAACUGGACACCAGCGUGUGGAGCAAUGAGAUUGUGCAGCUCUUCAUCAUGCUGGGUAACGACCGCGCUAACGACUUCUGGGCGGCCCACUUGUCCCAGUCUGAUGAGCUGGACUGCGACGCGUCCCCGAGUCAGAGGCGAGAGUUCAUCGGUCAGAAGUACAGAGACGGGCACUACAGAGUGGCCCAUCCAGCUUUCAGCAGCCAGGAACAACUACUGAAGGUGUUAUGUUCCGCUGUCUCCGAACAUACGCUCCUCAAAACUGUCACUCACAUCUUUUCUGAAGCAAGAGCUAAUCACCUGGCAAGCACCGCCCACGGGCAGCAGACAAACAGAGACCUGCUAGUGAACUGUAGAGUCCCAGAUCCUGGUGUCUAUGACGAGAUCAUGAAGACGGUUGUUUACUCUGGCUUUCUCUUCAGUUCCAAUUGCGUCAGCAGAGCGACGCUGUCCCGCCGGUCUCGAGAAGACUUCCAGAAGUUCUGGUGUUCGGUGGAUCAGUCUCUGCUGUUCUACCCUGCGGAGCGAUCAGCAGAACCGUGCAUGGAGAUCGGUCUCAAGGACGUGGUGUGUUUGGGAGUCAGCCGACCAGACUUGCUCAAAAACAACGGUUUUGUGGACAGAUUCCGUUACACUUUUGAACUGUAUUUGACUUCGGACAAACUCUAUCAGUUUGGUGUGGAGACACCCGAGGAUCUGCACGCCUGGACCAGUGCCAUCGGGAAAGCUUCCACGCCGCUCAGCUGUCACUGCCUGUUGACUCGGGAGUUUGAGCGCAUUGGGCGACUGCGGUACCGAGCGAUGUUGGACCCUCAGCAGUGGAAAGAGGCUUACUUUGUCCUGCAGAAGUCCAACCUUUUCAUCUGUCCCCAAAACGACGGCGCUGCAGAAGACAUCAUCAACCUGAAGCGGCUGCAGGAGCUGAGUGUCGCCUCGGAAAGCCAGAACCACGAGAAGAAAGACAUCCUGGUUUUGGUUGAGAAGGGGAGGACGUUCCACCUGCAGGGCGUCGGACGCACAGACUUCACCUUGUGGUACGCAGACGUUCAGCGGGCUGCCGGCGGGAAGGGAAACUCUCUGCGAGAGCAGCAGCUGAGCAGGCAUGACAUCCCCAUCAUCGUGGACAGCUGCAUCGCCUUCAUCACGCAGUAUGGUCUGGGUCACGAGGGGAUCUAUCGCAAGAACGGAGCCAAGUCAAGAAUCAAACUGCUCAUGGAGGAGUUUCGCAAAGAUGCCCGUAAUGUCAAACUACGCAUCGGAGACCACUUCAUCGAGGACGUGACGGACGUCCUGAAGCGGUUCUUCAGGGAGAUCGAUGACCCCGUCUUCAUGAUCGACCUCCAUCCGCUGUGGCAGGAAGCUGCCAAAAUCCCUUCCAAAGGCGCAAGGUUGGACCGCUACAAGGAGAUCAUCCGGUCUCUUCCGCGGGUCAACAGGAUGACUCUGGCUGCACUCGUCAGUCACCUGUACAGGGUCCAGAAGUGUGCCGACCUGAACCAGAUGUGCACCAAGAACCUGUCGCUGCUCUUCGCUCCGAGCCUCUUCCAGACCGACGGCAAGGGACAACACGAGGUGAAAAUCAUGGAGGAUCUGAUUGACAACUACUUGUACGUCUUCGAUAUCGACGAAGAACACCAGACUCGGAUCGAACUGGAGCUCAGCCUCAUCACCUCCUGGAAGGACACUCAGUUGUCUCAGGCGGGAGACCUGAUCAUUGAGGUCUACCUGGAGAUGAAGACACCUGACAGCUGUGUCACCCUCAAAGUGUCCCCUACCAUGUGUGCCGAGGAGCUGACCAACCAGGUGCUCUACAUGAGGAACAUUCCAGCUGGAGACAAAGACGUGUGGAUGACCUUUGAGGUCAUCGAGGACGGCCAGCUGGAACGCCCGCUGCAUCCCAAAGAGAAAGUUCUGGAGCAGGCGCUGCAGUGGUGCAAGAUGGCCGACCCAAGCUCCGCCUACCUGGUGGUAAAAAGGGUCCCUAAAGGUGACGGCAUCAACAUCCUUACUUCCUACAAGAGUGACCUGAUGAAAGUGGGCGUGCUCAAGUGUCGCGAGGAACCGCCCAAACUCCUUCAGGGCAACAAGUUCCAGGAGAGAAGCUUCCAGAUCAAGAAGAACAAACUGCUGCUGCUCAAAGACAAGAAGAGCUUCAAGGCAGAGAAGGAAUGGCCUCUGAGCUCCAUGAAGGUCUACAUGGGUGUCCGCAGGAAGCUCAAAGCUCCAACAAGGUGGGCUUUUACAGUGAUGUCACACAAACAUCAGCUGUUCUUGUGUUGCACGAGUGAGGCUGACUUGUGGGACUGGAUCAGCAGCUUCCUCAAAGUGCAGAACGACGACCCCGGUCCGCCCAUUCUGAGGCGGCACUCAUCUUCCGACAUCGCCAAGCAGAAGUUCGGCACCAUGCCUCUGGUUCCGAUCCGAGGACACGAGAGCAACAACAGCAUGCUGACGGCCAACCAGACUCUGAGGAAACUUCACGACCGCAGGACGCUCUCCAUGUUCUUUGUGAGUCUCCCUCACUUCUCCAUGUUCUUUCCCAUGCAGGUGCAGCACGACUCGGUGGAGGAGCGCUCGGAGUCUCCGGAGCCUCUCUACGAGGAGGUGGGCGACUUCGGCCUGCAGGUGCUGAAGUCUCUGGAGACCAGCUUCCUCACCAGCAGCGCGGCGGAGACGCAGGAGGUCCUCCAGCCGGCCAAACUUCCAGCUGACCCCGUGUGCGACUGGGCGAGGGAGGCCGACGCCGUGACGGGACACGAAGACGGCGGCUGCAGGAAGUCUCGGCUGCAGACCGUCUGCACGCCGGCACAAGAACUUCUACUGCAGGAGCUCUCUUCUGCUUUUGGGAAGAACCCUGAGGAGGACGAAAUGGAGGAGGAGGAGGACGUUGGACCUUAGGCUUCCUCUGCUGGCUGCUGAAGGUCACCUCAUGUGAAGACCACAGACCGCCUGCAGCCUGUGGAACCUUUCACUCACACCUUGUCUUUAACUUUGGACCACAGCAUUGUCAAAUAAAUGCUUGAAUGUCGCUGCUUUUAAUGGUUGCCAUGGUGACACGCACUUAUUCCCUCAGUAAUUAGGAUGUGAUAAAUACAUCUUGACAUUAUUUACAUCAAAUAGUUAGUUAUUGUGUCAAUCUGUUUCAUGUCAAAUAUAAUAGUUAUUUAAAUAUAGUCAAAGCUAUUUAGUUAUUUCUUUCCUAAAUGUCAUUAUUUCAUAAACGUGUGUCAAAGCUUAAUGAACUAAUUG